UUGACACCGCUUUUUGGGUACUUAGAAUCAAGAACUCAGUACGAAGUUUACGUUUUCACCGGAAACAAAUUUGGAGCAGGUACGGAUGCAAGAGUGUUCAUCACCUUGUUCGGAGAGAAGGGACACUCAAAAGAAAUUGAGCUGGAGAGCAAAGAUCACAAUGACUUUGAAAAGGGACAGUAAGUUAAUUUCAUUCUCGCAUGAGUAUCUUUGCUAAACUUGGUGGUAGUGAAAUGGGUUAUCUAGUAUUUUCUUCACUGAUUAAUACGUAAUACAUGAAAUAUUUUUGCAUAUUAUGAAUCUCUGAUAGGCAACAACAUGAUCUGAUUUUUUUACAUGUGCUUUUCAUAAUAAAACGCAAAACAAAACACUGCCUGCCCUAACCACUUACACUCAACCUCGCUAUGGCGUAAAAGAUUCAUAGAGCAGGAGCGAUUGAUACGAGAAUCACCUAAAAGUAUAGAAAACAAAUAAAAAGAUUGACUUAUUGCUUUAUUGAUUGAUUGACUGAUUGAUUGAUUGAUUGAUUGAUUGAUUGAUUGAUUGAUUGACUGACUGGCUGACUGACUGACUGACUGACAGACUGACUGACUGACUAACUGACUGACUGAUUGAUUGAUUGAGUGACUGAUCGAUUGAUUGAUUGAUUGACUUGACUGAUUGACUGAUUAGUAUAGUAUAGUUAGUAUAGUAUAUCUUUAUUGCGCCUUACUCUCCAAUUGGAGGUAUUGUUUUAGUUACAAUAUAGGUUUUUACAACUACAACAAAUUAUCUUAAAACAUGAACGGAAAAAAAAAUUAUACAGUGAUUGAUUGAAUACUUCAUUGAUUAAAUAGUUCAUUACAUUGAUUGAUUUAUUGGUUGGUUCACUGAUCGCUUGCUUGCUUGACUGACUGACUGCCCAAAUGAUUGAAUGAUUGAUUGAUUGAUUGAUUGAUUGAUUGAUUGAUGAAAAUGAUGACGAAGAUGAUGAUUUAUAGUUGCUUCCGACGAUAAGUUCUUCUGCUUCUUUUAGGAGCGAUAAAUUUGACAUUGAAACCAAGGACCUGGGUAAACUGACUGCUAUCAACAUUCGUCAUGACAACAGCUGGUUUGGUUCUGCGUGGUAUUUAGAAAAGGUACGAAGGCUUUCAUUCAUAAUAGAUCUAAAUUCAAUUUAUUUAUCGUAUCUUCAAAAAUGCAUUUGUUUAGGAUUAUCAUGCAAUACAUUCCUGGGGCCCAUCACUUAGAAGGCUUCAACUGUUACCAAUAACUUUCACAGCAAAUUCAGACUUUUACAACUAGAUCUCAUCUCACGCGAAACAUUUCUUUGUUCUUCGCUACUGGAAUUACUUUAUUCCCUUUGCUGUCCCAAAAGACAUCAAAGAGGCCCAGCCGAUCAGUACAUUUUCGCUGAAACUUAAAACGUACCCGUUUCAUGACUAUAAUCUUUGUAACAAUAAGCUAAUAAAUGGGCCGAUAGCGGCAUUCAGUGGCGCUUUUGUAGGCCUACACCCGCACUUACAAAACAUAUCAUGCUAAUACGCGACAUUACCAUUACCACCAAAUAACUUAACUUGCAGGUCAGAAUCAAAGCCAAAGAUGGCUGCAUGUAUGAGUUUCCAAAUAACAAGUGGUUGGCCUCUAAUGUUGGAGACAAGAGAAUUACUCGGAUGCUUCAUGGUAGAAGUAAUUGCCAUAACGUGGAUACCCCUCCCAAAGGUAAAAUAAUCAAAAGAAAUAUUUUUGUUUCUUACUCGACAUAAAACGGCUUAAGAUGAUGGGAACUCUGACCAAUUUACCAUGACUCCAUAGUAUUGUCAUGCUUCUUAAUGUCAAACAUUUACGCACAUUCCUGAGGUAGAACAAGAGAAAUUCCUGAAUAUCACUAGUAUAGAGGAAACAAUCAAUCACAUAUAUAAACAGAAAUACCAUUUUUAUCAUUCUAUUAAACACGAUGACAUUUAAAACACAGUUUACCUUUGAAUAAAGCAUCUUAAAAAUAUACAGCAACACAGCGCCAGUGAACGCACACCCGCAAGGCGAAUCAAUUUCCGAUCAGGGCAUGAUCAGGAUCAUUCUCGAUCCUUCCACCGUUUACAACCAUUUGAAUUGUGUUGAAGCUCAUGACAUGUUACCUUAACAAGGGCGUGCCCGAAAAAUAUUCUUCCUGAGUAUACAGUGAUAAUUUUAACAAGAUCCCAACUUUUUACAAAGCCAUAGAGGAAGUGUAGUUGGGUAACGUUUCUCAGACAACCAAAGAGAGUAAAAGUCAAUUGCGGCGGCAGGUUUCGGCAAGUUACCAUUUUCACCGAGACCAUAAUGCACCUUGUUUACCCCCCAAAAUUUUACACAACCAUUGUUUCCAAUUUCGGAUCCCCUAGGUAGUACAGUCGUUCCAAGAGAAAUCCAAGACAAUCGUUAUGCAAAAUUUUGGCAGGGAAAACAAAGUGCAUUUUGGUCUCGGUUAAAACGGUGGAUGCUACCUUUGUCAGGUUAGAAGUUACUUUAUGAGACCUUGUAGGCGAGUCUAACAGUCAUUAAACACAUUUCUAGGUUGUCAAGAUUCUCUUGGUGUAAGCACUGGACUUAUAAAAGACUCUCAGCUUACGGCGUCUUCUUCAUAUGACGAGCAUCAUCAGCCUUUCCAUGCACGUCUCAAUAAAACCGUGAAAGGAUCCCGAGGGGGGUGGUGCUCGGCUUUCGCUGACGAAACUGAAUUCCUUGAAGUAAACUUAGGAAACAAAACAGCCUUGUCUGGUAAAGUAUUUAGGGAGUUGAUGUAUUUGUCUUUGGAUUUCAUGGGUUUAAAUCCAUGUAUUUCAUUUCCAUUUCAAUAUUAUUUCACCGUGUGGUAUUUUCGUUACUUGUUUCCUUUUUCUGGGUCAAAGGUGCGAAGAGUAUACUAGAAUGAAAGUUCCUUAAAUCAGAUACAGUUCAACAUCUUUGGGCGACCACCUCCUGUCAGCGACCACCUUCCAUUAGCAACCAGCUAUCCAAAAUACCACAACCUUUUCCAGUCAGAGCCUUAUAUACUGGAACCUAUUGUAAAAGAUCAGCUCUCAUAAAUGACCGCGAUCACUUUUUGGAGAGAUUGUUUAUAACUUUUUUAAACCUCUUGUAAGCAACUGCUUGACUAAUGUUCUGGGCGGAGUUGUUCGAAGGCCGAUUAGCGCUUAAUCCGGGGUUAAAUUUAACCCGGCUUUCUUUUUCUUGUGUUUAAAAGCAUUUUCUGGGAUAAUUCUCUCUGUUGUUUUUAGAGCUUCCAAUAAUCAACUUGUAUACAAAAAGAAUUAAAACUGAAAUGCUUUUUAAGCUUUCAAAUCUGAAUUCAAAUCUCGCACUAACCCUAUGUUAUCUUAACCCAGCUUUGAACAACUCGGCCCUGAACUCCUCGACCAGUGUAUGGGAUACACUACACGGAGUAUGACAACAUGGAACUGCGUAUAAAUUAUCGUAACACAGAAAUUGAAUACAUUAAUUGGGGGAAUCGGGCCUUCUUCUCGGAAGAGACCCCCCAUGAGGGCGAUCCUCUUAGGCGACCACCUCCCGUAAGCAACCACUAAAAAAGUCCAAACUCUCAAUUGGACUCAUAGGUGCGUCCAUUUAUUCUUGAUUUAAGGUGUUAUAGUAAACCCCAACCGCCUCUGAUCGGUCGUUUGUUCGAAGCUCUCGCUUUUACAGUUUCCUUUCUUUUUUGUACUUGACCAGGUAUUGCAACUCAAGGUCAAGCCAUGUUUGACAACUGGGUCACAAAGUAUGCAAUGUCAUACAGCUUAAAUGGCAAACACUGGUUAAUGGUAGGAGACAAAAGGAAAAAUGUUGGCAGUCCUAGGGUAAUGAUAAACAUGAAAUUGACUAUUAAUAUCCCGAAAUAACUAACUAGUAGUGCUUGGCCAUGAAGAAGGACUUUGAGGGAGUAGAGAAGAGUGGUCAGUGCGUCGGACUCGCUAUCCAAAGUCCCGAAUUAGAGUACCUCUCUCUACGCUUGCUGGAUUAGUCUCUCGGCAACUCAACUCCCUGGCCAAGCUUUUAACUCUUAAAACCCCGAGAUCAAAUUUGAAUUCUCAUUUGUUGCCCCGGUUCAUUUGAUACAGAAGUAGUGGGGAGAAGUUGAUAAAAUAUCAAGUAAAUUCAUCUUGUGUGAUCAUGUCUGUAAUUCUCAUGACCACUCUGUUUUACAAAGCAUUGAUAUUACCAGGAGAAAUUUGAUGCUAAUCACUCUUAGGGCUUAAAGGGUUAAAUAGCCAACUGGUUUGUGUCCUUCCAUUUGGGGGUUUUGUCUGUCAACUAUCUAAAAUUUCUUCUUUACAUUCAUUCGUCGAUUACAUAGAAGAUCCAGAUUUAAGCGCACGUCGUUUCUUUCGCAGUGCUUUAAACAAUAUUUAUUGCUUUAUUGUAAUUUCUAGAACUUCACAGGUAACAAAGACCGCGAUUCAGUCGUAAUUCACUGGUUUCCUGAAGUAACAGCUCAGUAUGUUCGUGUUCUUCCGUUAGAAUGGAGUGGUCUAACCAACUGCAUGAGGAUUGAACUAUUUGGCUGCAGAAAAGGUAAUAAAGUAAAAAAAAAAGGCCUUAGUACACUAAACCAAACUUGCAUGAUCAUUAUCAUAUCGUUAUCAUUAUUAUAAUGAUAAUUUAAAAAUGUCACAGCAAAAAUAUGAUUCUGGUCCUUAGGUACUUGAAAGUAACUUCAGGUUUUCAAAGAAUUGAACGAAUUGUGAAAUAAAUGACCAAGCAGUGUAUAUGUUUUGGUUCAAUUUUAUACCUCAGAAUGUUUCAAGGAUUGUGUUUGCUUGGUGCGUUUAGGUUUUCAUUCAGUAUUCCUGUCAGCAAUAAAAAUUAAUGUUUGCAGCUUUCAAGCUACCCACGUAGCGCAGUGAGAGACGAAGUCCCCUCUCUUCUGGCGUGUUCUCUUUGUCGAAUGCGUCGCUGCAAAACAAAAUGCAACUGACGGUAUUUUUUGAAAUCUGCACGAAGGAAACAGUAUGCUCAUUAUGAUAUUUACAUUCCCAGAGGAUGCGUCGGCGAGUGAAGAAAACAAAGUAAAAGAAGAGAAAGAAAACAAAAACGAUAAAAAGCAAGAAAGCAGUAUUUUAAAGGACGAAGACAAAAUCAAAGGUGAGUGAUAAUAAGCUUUCUGUAAAAAAGAUUAAACUGGCGUUUUGGAGCUUAAAAAGAGCGUUGUAAUCUUCAGUGUAGUUUUUGAACAGUACGACAAGGAAAUUAUAGGCAGCUUAAAUCACAACCCUAGCUUAGUAUAUGGGAGUAAGAUAAGAUUCAAUCACUUAAUUUGCCGCGACCUCUGUUCUUAUCCUACGUGCUGCAACCUAACAAAGUGUCUGCCCCACGGUAAGCAGUAACACUAUUGAAGAGUAUCUGGAUAAGUAAGAAAUAGACUUUUCCGGGUUUUCAUCGUCAUCUCGAUUAGGUCGGUAAAAGCCGGUUAGGCAACACACCGACCACUGGCAGAUGUUGUCCUUCAAAAAAUUGAAAGGUGUUCCUGGUGGGUUUGUUUUUUCUGUUCUGCUUUAAUCUUGCUUUUCGUUCUUUAACUCUAAGGAAAACUAAGCGAGGAGGAUCUCAACAUAAUGUCUAGUAAGUAAAACAGCGAGCCAGAUUCAGAGACUCACCAUAACCUCCCAUUAAUCAUUAAGAUUGCUGAUCCUCAGCUGCAAAACACGUUUUGGAGAAAGACAAGAUAGCAUCUGCCAUAAUUGUAUACAUAAUUAAUGUGUCUGAUGCACAUUUAGGUCUAACCUGGGUGCCAGAGACUUUUCCACGAUUUGAUGGCCUUCGGCCGACACCGAAAAUUCCCGCCGCGCGUGGUAAAAUACCACGGGUGCCCAGGGUAAUUUAGGUCUUAAAUCAUUAAAUAGACUUUGAUUUUCCUCUGUAUUUCUCUUUCUCUCCGUUUUGAAGUCCCCAUGAUCCUACUUGAAGUGUUUCAUCUGAUCUUAGAGCCCGCUUCUCACCGGCUACCAUUACUUUAAAGCUUGUCAGUGAUUUUCAAUCCAAAAUCGUUUUCGCACGGUGACAGUACUUUCAAAGGAUGGAAAUCCACAUAAUAGCUAGAAGAGCAAAAUAAUGUACAGUGCAUUAAAGAGGAAUUGUGGUGCAAAUUUUUAGAUAACUGAGGAAUUGUGAUGAUCGAGAAUUUGAAGUCAAAAGCACCGGCUUAAUUAAUGACUUUUAAUUUUAAAAAAGUAGCACACACAGAGAUCUUCACUGUGAUUUAUCUACAAAACGGAAAAUGUUGUUCUAAUAGUUUCCUACUAUCACUACUAAUUUCUUCCUACAGCAAUCGAAAAAGCCGUGGUAUACCUCCGCUUCGAAAACAUCUUCAAAGAUAACAUCAUCGUGGACGAAUCCCAGCAGCACAACGACGCCAGAAUUGUAAACUUUGCUCGUACCGCUCUGUUUAGCGAAAAAUGUGGAAACGGUGUUGACCUUAACGGAGGAGAUAUUUUACUGAAUGGACCUUCAUUUACAAACAAACCGCGCUUGGCCAUCACUAUCGCAGCUUGGAUAAAGCUCUUUUCAACAGAGGGACCAAACUCAAUAUUUGACACAAUUGGUGGAAUAAACUCUACACAUGAUAAUGGACAGUAUCAUUUGGAAAUCGAUAACGGCUCGGUGAGGUGGUUUCACAGAAACGAACGCGGUGACGUCAUUUUCAAUGUUACAUCGGAGGAGAUCGUACCUUCACACGUUUGGACUCACGUGGCGUGCACUUAUGACGCUACAUUAGGUCAAGCUGAUAUAUAUGUAAAUGCAAAAUUUAUCUUGAGGGGGGAUGGGUCGGGAGGGUUGUCACAAGACUGGCAAGAAAAAGCAGGAAUCGGAGAACACAAGGGGGAGAGACUGUUGGAUGGACAAAUUGACGAGUUUUAUAUGUCCAAUGAGGCUCUGAGCCAGGAAGAAAUAAAGAAGUUGAUGCAAAGAUGCGAAUUUGAGAAAGGUAUCGACAUUUAUAAAUGCAGAAAAAAAUACUUACCACGGAUUUCUUUGCUAAGUCAAAUGAAUGUUCUUUGUGUGAAUCACUAAGCUAAACAGUUAAAACCGUUAGGGCUGGCGACCCAUAAAAAUUGAAACUUUUUUGUAUUUUAAUGGAAUAUCAUUCUAUCAGCUAUCUUAGCUAAGCAUAGUCUUGGGCUGGAUAAUGAAAGGCUGUCAUUUAAGUACAAGUUGAUACACUUUUCGAAAAUCAACCUUUCAAAAGAAAAAAAACAAGCAUCGAAACCAUUAUUUUAAGUUCUAAAAAGUGAAAGUAUAUUGGCAUAUAAAUGAAAAAUAAAAUAAAUAAUGAUUAAGAGGUAGCAUAUCCACAAAGUGGUUCUUCGUGUACCUGAUUCCUGGUCGAAUUGGAAUCUGGAAAUGUUGGUUUUUGAGGUGAGGGGGAAACCGGAGUACCCAGAAAAAAACCUCUACGAGCAAAGAAGAGAACCAACAACAAACUCAACCCACAAAUGGCGUCGACGCCGGGAUUUGAACCCAGGCCACAUUGGUGGGAGGCGAACGCUCUCACCACUACGACACCACGGCUUAUAUUGCUAUCUUACAAAUAGAUCACAUUAAAACGAACCUAAGAGCUCAAAUAAUUUCUCUUCGAUGUCAGUUUUGCUGUUUGUGUUUCUAGAGUGCUUCACACCACUAGGAAUGGAGGACAUGAAAAUCAAAGACGGGCAAAUUACUGCAUCUUCAACGUAUCACCUUCAUAAACCAUUUUAUGGUCGGUUAAACCUUGUUUCGUUUUACGAUGAUCCUCAAAGGACAGCCUGGUGUGCUGAUGAAGAUGACAAAGAGCCUUAUCUCACAGUAGAUCUUAGAGAAGAGAAGACGAUAUCGGGGGUUGCUCUUCAGGGUGCUUCGUUAGCCGACAACUUCGUUACAAGCUUCAAACUUUGCCAUAGUCAAGACGGAAGGAAAUUUCACUGCGUGAGUGAAAAUUUUACAGGAGAGGUAAGAGGCUACUGGGUAAAUCUGUACAUUAUAUUGUCCAAAAACAGAGAAAUAUGGCAUGUUUUCUCUUAGUUUCCCCUGAUGCCUUUAGGAUCAGGUUCUAGCUGUUGCACUCUGUUGUGUUUGUCAUAUUAUACGAAAAUUUAACUGCACAAACAGUUGUCACCAAAAUGACUGUAUUUUAUGCUUUGCUAAUGCAGCUCACACAGUCAUAUCCAAGAGCCUAGGGAAUUGAAAUAAGGGUUUAAAGAAAUCCAUGCUUUUCGUCGUUCUUCAGUAAGCAGACGCUUUUUAUCUGCUUAAAAGUAGUUAAAAGGGCCUUGAAAAGAUCCUCCCCCCCCCUUAAUCGAUUUACUAACUAACAAAUAGAAUAGUGUUUUACAGGUUUUGGUUAACUUUAAGUUUCAAAAUUCAGGCACUCCAGGGAAGUGACGAUAAAGAUUCGGUGAAGAUUCACUGGCUGGAGAGGUUUUUUGAUGGGCGAUAUGUGCGCUUAUAUCCCCAGUCCUGGUAUGGAGAUCACAUCUGUAUGAGAGUAGAAAUAUACGGUUGUAUUCCAGGUAAUGUGAUGUUAAACAUUUGUUCUCUGUGGAAAUUAAAAGGCAGUAAGAUAAAAAAAAAGCUAACGUAACCAGUAUACCUUUUCUGUUGCCGUCAAAAUCUAGAAAUUUUUAUGAAGGUUACUAGAAAAAAAAAUCAAUUUGUGCAGUUUAUACGAUACAAAUCAGACAAUUCACCCAGAAAAUUCAUUAUAUUUACCACGUACCAGCUACUACUAAUUUGUUGACCCGAUUUGGAGAGAUCAGCCCUACUCUAUAAAAUCUGUUUCACUGGAGAAAGUUUUCGAAUUCGAUCUCUUACAAGCCAAUUUCUUUUUACAAUUAUUGCUAAUACAUGGACCAGAUAAUCCCCUGUAAACCAACAAUUGGGUGCUUUUUUGAUGGUUUGUUUGUUUCCCUUUAGUAAAAAUUCUUUCUUUUUUUUUUCAGGCUUACUAUCUGACACUGUUGAAACAAACGUCCCUCUCUCGUCAUUUGAACAUGGUCCGGUGAUCAGUCCAUUCACUGCAUGGAAUAAUUUUGGCGAUUGCAGCGUAAGUUGCGGCAAGGGAACCAAGAAAAGGGUUGUUAAGUGUCAACCGAAAGGCAAUGAACGAAACCAAAACUGUCCACCAGGAACAGAAACCUACACUGAGAGAAUUCCUUGCACCAAACCAAGCUGUCCAGGUAACAGCGGCAAUAUCGUUUUACUAAAGAGCUUUCUAUUGCUUGUCGUGAAACCCAGCAAAUUAUUGUUUAGAGAUGGUAAACAUACUCCCUGAGUCUAGAUGAUACCUACAGGCUCACUGAUUUUGCAGAAACAUGAACUUUCAGGUCUUUGGAGGACCUGUGAUUUAAGGAGUACUCUCCUACUAGUUCUAUUUUGUUUAAAUGGUCCCAAAAAGUAGGUUGGGUUUCCUUUUCAUUCGAACCUUGUACUAUCUGGCAACGGAAAUAGUUCAAAUAUGGAUAAUUCUUUUCUUUAUUGGGUUCAGUAUAUAUGGGCUUACUCUUUCCCUCCUGUGCUCUGUGCUCUGAAAUAUGGAUAAAAGGGUGAUGAGGACGGUGUUGAUGAUGAUGAUGAUGACGAUGAUGAUGAUGAUGAUAAUGAUAGCAAUGAUGAUAUUGAUGACGAUGGUGGUGCUGCUGCUGAUGGUGAUGAUGAUUCUGGUAAAUUUUAACGAAAGCUAACCAGAAAGAUGAAGACAAUAAAGAUAUUAAUAAUGUUAGUAUUAACAGGAGGCCUAAUAACUCAAAUGCAACAACAUCUAUUUACACUAUUAUUGACAUUUUAUCAUUACUUCCUAUAAGAAUGUUUCUCACCGAUGGGUAUGUCGAACGGCACGAUCAUGGAUCAUGAGAUCUCAGGUUCAUCCACAAUAGACAAGGCUCAUCCCGCUUUCUAUGCACGUGUCAUAACUGCUCGCAAUGAACUCGUCUCUACAAGAGGUAGUUGGUGCGCAAAAUUGGCGGACAAGGAACAGUUCUUAGAAGUUGACCUUAAAAAGCCACGGAAAGUUACAGGUCAGUUAACAUUUGUAAAAAAAAAAAGAGCAAAUUGAAUAGUCAAGAAUUCACUCUGCGAAACGUUUUACAACUAGGACAUUAAGGCUAUGACAAUUCUUGCCUAAGGUCUCCAUGAAAAAAGGUCAAUAUGCUAUUUGCAACUUUUAUUGGGUGACCGAUUUCGUACGUGUAUGGGAAUAGAUUAAUAAAUAGAUAUUUUAAAGUAGAUUUUAUACUUAAUAAUGCCGUUAUCUUCCUCUUCUAAGAAAACAGUCAAUAUAUAUCUUCUUGCUUGUGGUCUAUCACUGCAACUUUUUUUUUUGACGAAGUAGUAUAGUUGGCAACGUUUAAUCUCCAUUUUAGGAUCCCCACUCCUAUAAUUACACAAAAUAGCUUGAUUGAGAAAAAAACAACAACAACACCGUCCGAGUCAGUCAUCCAAACAGGAAUCCCCUAUUGCUUGCCAGUUCGUAUUUAUUGCAUUACGUAACCGGUUAAUCUGCAAUAAAGUGGUAUAGCCGGGAGAGGAAAUUGAGGCUUUAAUCCAUAUUUAAAGCCUACAUUAAUUAUUCAUGACCCACAAAUGCUGGUUGAACAAAGACAACAUGAUGCCCGUUAGGCCUAGGCCAAAUUCGAACUUUUCGCGUGACGAACCGAACUUAACUUCGACUUCUGGCUCAUUUACAUGUAAGUUUGUCUGAAUGAGUUUGGGUCGUCUGUCCAACACGUUCCAUCCGUCUACUUCAGACGCAUGGAGAUGGAGAGCGGAACGUUUGAAUAUCGUCUCCAGAACAAAGGUCGAACUUCACAUGCGACGAGCAAAGUUAAUAAAUUUAAAAUUUGUAUGGUAAUGUAUAUUUAGUCUAGUUCGGGAGAAAAUUGAUUACUUAUCUGAUUUAGCUGAUUGGUUCCACGCGUCCUAAGUUCGACGUUUAACCCAACAGAGGAUCUUAAUUCAAUUUAAGUCAACCCAAAUUAGAGUUUGGUUCGUCUCAGGAAAAGUUCGACGCUUGGGGGCCUCAGUCCUUUGAGGUGAUACUCCGGUUAUACAACGCUGAUUAAUGCCUAGCCUAAGCAUUCAAAAAUAAUAUAUUAUCAUCCCCGUCAAAGCAAUGUUGUUAUAGGCCUAGGCCAAACGUCGAAAUUUUCAGGAGACGAACCAAACUUAAUGAGUUAAGUUCAUGAAAGUUCGACAUCUAGCUCAGUUAAGUUCGUGUGAAUUAGUUUCGAUCGUCCAAAACGUUCAAUCCGUUUGCUUCAGACGGAUAGAACGUCUGAAGAUACUCUCCGGGACAAAAUUCGAUCCUGACAUGCGACGAACUAAACUAAUCAAUUAAAAGUUUACAUGAUGUUUUAGCUUCGUUUGGAACAAAAUUUUUUUGUGGCUGGCUGAAAUUUCUUUUUGGUCUGAUCCAGAUGAUUUGUUCGACGCGUCCUAAGUUCGACGUCCGACCCAACAGACGAUCUUAACUUAAUUUAGGCCGAUCCAAUUUAGAAUUUGGUUCGUCCCAUGAAAGUUCGACGUUUGGCCUGGGCCUUAGACAGUGCGGUGUACAGCUAAAAAAUUCGGUUUAUUUCACCACUGCUUCUGCACAUGCAUAUGUUGGCAUUAUAUGUAAAUUUGAUGCAAUUUAGGUAUAGGAACACAAGGUCAAGUUACUGACGACCGUUGGGUGUCGAGAUACACAAUAACUUACAGCGCAAAUGGAUUAAAAUGGACAAACUACACUGAAGAAAAUAAGCAAAAGGUAUACUUUGUACUUGAAAUAACUCUCUUAUUGAAAAAACGGUAAAUAACCACUGCUUUUGAGUUUUGCAAAGUAUCUCCAACCGUCCCCCCUUUUUGUUCUCGCCUUUUGGCCGGAGACCAUCACAUGGAGGGUGAUUAAAGCGUGUCAAAUUUUCAAGCUAUUUAUAGAUGCAUCUUCGCAUCAAAAAUAUUUCGGCUAAUCAGAACAGUGUAAAAUUUUCAGCAAUAGUAUAAUCGAUCAGCAAGCCAUCACUGGUAUCACGGUUUCCUUCUAGAUGAUCAAACCACCAUUUUAGUUGUGCGAACGUUUAGUAAACUUUUGCGAGUAAAAUAGAUCUACAAAUUGCCUGGCCAAAAGUCACAAUUGCUGUGAUGUGUUUUGGGAUAAUGGACUCUUAUUGUACUCAAUUUAUUACACGUUUCAAUGCUGUUUACUUUUACCAGAUAUUCGUUGGCAAUGAUGACAGUAAAACCAUUGCUGUACGUCACUUGAAACAUCCAAUAACUGCACGUUACCUUAGAAUACAUCCUCUGGCGUGGUACGGAGUGCACAUCUGCAUGCGAGCAGAACUCUACGGCUGCGAUCACCUAGGUUAGUAAGUUUGGGUCGAAUUGAUAUGGGCAUCCUGAGUUGCAACCUUGUAUGUUGCUACCCCGGAUUUACGACGCCAUCCUAUAGAGUGUUUUCACAUGACGUCACGGCGGCCAUAUUGGUGUCCCAAAACAAUGAAACGGCGGCCAUGUUGGUGUCCCAAACCAGUCCUGUGGGAGUUGAACUCUUUUCUUAUGUAAACGCUUUCUUUUGUUCCAAUAAAUUUGCAUGGAUGCUGACCACGUGAGUGAAAACACUCUAUAAAGGUAAAAUAUCUCUUACGGCAUUUUCGCAUAUCAAUAGGUCAUUGAUGGAAAGUAAUGCCUAUGACAUGUCGUAGCUUCGGGACGCCUUAGUAAAUGUUAGGCCUGUUCCUAAAAACAGCUGUAAAUCAGGGUUCACAGCCACAAUUUGGUUGCCCAGUUUUAGAACCAAAAACUACGGUGAAUACACAAAAAUACGUCCCCAUUCUCAAAACAUUUGUUGUCCUGCAACAUAAUUUUGCACCGGUCCGUUUUUCGGCCGAUUUUUCACUUUGACCUUUCUUUUCCGAUAGAAGAUCGAUCUGGUAAAUCGUAUAUUGUUAACCGGCCUUAAUAAAAAGCUUUUAACUUUGGGUGGGUUUGUGAAUCCCAUCUCUACAAGGUUAUUCUACUGAAGAAACCUGUGGUCAGGCUUCCUUAUCUUCUGGGGAGCAAAAGGGAAGAAAGACCGCCUGAACACAGGUCACUACUGUGGCGAUGCUCCGAAAGGGACCAACCGAAUCAGAACUUCAAUUAUAGAUUCCCUUAGUACUAAGAUAUGUUUUCUAAUAUAGCGUCGGUAAAUUCCUUGGACAGGUUUAAGCUUCUGCCGACAAUUCAAAAGAUAUGAAAAAGCGGCACAUUCACCAUUAACCUCAGAAAUAUGGUCCUUAGUACAGCGGAAAAUACAAUUAUAUGUUUUUGUUCUAUUAUAUGUGUUGUUAUAAUGUUUAGGUCAAAGCUUUAAGCCUGUGAAGGUGACCGAAAACGACGAAUCUUCAUUUAAAGUUUCUGAAGAGUCCAUUUCAACCAAAAAUGAUAGAAAAGGUUCGGAGACAGCAAGUAAAUCUCCGCCAGUAAUCACGGCUUCAAAUAAAUCAGAAAAGCCUGGUGCAGCAGCUCUCAACGAAGUACACAAACCUGAUAGUAAAACAAUACAAACUACAACAGCAAUUAAUACAACAUCACAUGACGCGGAUAUCCAGACUUCGUAUGGCCUCAUGAGUCCAAAUCAAUCACCUAAGCCAGGUUUGCAAUCAAGACUGCCAGAGGGACACACAGUUAGCAAUGUAACGAUGCAACCUAUUUCAAAGGGACACGCAAUAAUACACAACGACAAAGGCCAGACAGUAUAUGUUCCUUAUCAGAUUCAAAAUCACGCUCUUCGUUUGCAUCCAAACCUUCCUCCGUCAGAAACAAACGUUAUCAGAAAACCGUCUGCAAACUUGAUUAAACAACUGGGAAGUGAUCUCCAUGGCACCAAAGCAAGCAAUAUACACGUAUCAUUCCAGUGGGGAGCCUUCGGUAAAUGCAGUUCAACUUGUGGAGAGGGAGUACAGAAACGAUACCGGAAGUGUAAUGAGCAAGAAUGCACGGCACCAGGAAUACAGACGCAGGUUAUUCCGUGCGUAAGCUCCUCUUGUCCUGGUAGGUGGGAUUCUUUAAUAGAAAAAAUUAAAAAUAGCGCUUAUUAAAAUUGAUGCAAAUAGAUACAUUGCGUUAGCAAAACGUGAAAGCAUUGUUAGGGAUCUUAUCAAAACGGGGAAUUGGAUAGGGGAAGGGGAACAAAGACGGGAAAUGGGAAAAUAAAAAAUGAGAACAAUCAGAGAAUUAGAAUUGAAGUUACUGAUGGGGCUAAGGUUCAAGUUAGUUUUUGUUCCCAUUUUUUCAUUUUUCUAUUACCCACUACCCGUUCAUCCUAUUAUGGGGAUAUCAAAGUGAACGGUUUUCGUCUCUAAUGUGAGCGCGUGCAGUUCACAGUCCUGUUUAUGUAAACACUUGGAAAUAUUUUUUUGUUGAAGGAUCAGUGGCAGCUAAUCGCGAUCACGGGAUACCCAUUUGCGAAAGUUUUGUUAAAUGUUCUGCCAAGUUUUCAUAACAACCAAAGAUGCUCUCGGGGCUUCCCUUUCUUACUUGUUUAUUCAUAGAUAUGUUACAAAAAAUGCGAUCAUCAUCUCAAACUUGUCUGGGAUUAUUGUCGAAUGGCUAAGCCAAAUCUCAAGGAUUAUGCUACAGUACCUUAACUUUAGUGGUUAUUAUCAUUGUUUCUUGGUUAGUGGAAGCUUUGGAAUGGUCUCCUUAUACCCCUUGUUCCGUAACGUGUGGUGUCGGUAAAAGAACACGGUCCCGGACGUGCGAUGGAGUUUCUUGCCCAAAGUCAGGAAGAGAGCUUGAAACUGUUUCCUGUAUCCGUCCUGGAUGUCCAGGUAAUGUAUAAGGUAUUAUGGCCGCGCAAAUAGUGCGCAUAUAUGAGCACGAUUUGUUUGCUAUAGGCUAAGGUUUUAAAAAAAUUCAUAUAAAAGGGCAGAUUUAGACUUCAUUAACAGUUCUCCAUUUAAAAAUGGAAACUUCCAUUUAAAAAUGGAACUGGAGAGUGAGGCCUUUUUCCUCGGGAUAUUUCACUGAUAAUCCAAUCAGAACGAUCUAUUGUAAGUGCUAUUAAGUGUGUGAGAUCAUCCCACAUCUAAACCAAUCAAAUGGGGACAAAGAUAUGUGAUAUUUUGGAAUGUUGGGAUAUCUCGCGUAUGAGCCAAUCAGUGAGUCUCUUAUCACACCGGUAACUUCACACCAUUUCCGAUCUCAAAAUAAAUAAAAGAUAAGACAUCUGCUAUCAGGUUAAAAGGUCAUUUACACAAUGAAGAUAGAGAUAUACUGUUUCCGUUCUCAUAAACUUAACACAAAAUCCGUCAGUUUGUUUAUGUGAGAGGGGUUUUGUGGUUUGUCGGCCGACCGAUUUUCUCACAGGCGCAAGGAUACGAAGCCAGAAGAUGUGAGAGAAUUCUUGGAUGCAAAAAAAAUCAAAAAUCGAUUCGCCAAUAUUUCAAGAUAAGUGCAAAAAAAACUAUCCUUGAUCCGGCUACCGUCGAGUAUCAGUUAAACGACAGUUUUUUUCUCCAGUUUCAAUAAAACUUCGUUACUGAGAUGAUGAAUACAUGAAUCAAUCAUACAUUAAAAUUGCGGGAUGAAGAAAUAAAAGCACAGAAGAUCAUGACAGUUAUAAAUACGCAAUUUAUGCUGUUGGGAAAAGAACGUUUUGUGCGUUACCGUUGUUAAGGUACACAGAUCUUUUUUUUCCAUCUUAUCUUCGACUCUUUUUUUGCAAUCUCACUUUACUUUCUAGCAAACAAGAGGGAUUCGAGUUAGCCUGCGUAGCUGGCGGUAUUGUGUGGGUGCGAAAUUAAAGUUUUGUCGGCGGAGCCGUGUUCCAAAAAAAGGGAGUAGGGACGAGGCGGUUGAAAUAUUUCCAAAAAAAGGGAGUAGGGGCGAGGUGGUUGAAAUAUUUCUCGCGGCUUCGCCGCUCGUGACGGCUCCGCCGUCAAAUCUCACUCGACCAUAUUACAACGGCUCCGCCGCCAAAUCUCACUCGACUACUACACAAUACCGCCAGCUACGCAGGCGAGUACAUUAGCUCGCAGCUCAAAUUUCAAUCAUUAUACAUUAUGGCUAUUUUAAAAUUAUAAGUAGCAGAAUAUUCCGCACAUAAACGAAUCAGAACCUCUUCUAUUUUGGGGUGCGGGAUAAUCCCGCGUUCCAAAUUCAUGCAUGACGCGACAUGAAAAUGUCCAAGGGACAAGUGAGCUAAAGUUCAAACAUCGCAAACCUGGGACUAUAUUACAUUGAAAAACUUCGGGUAAUGAAAACAUUCCUCCUUUCAAAAAUGAAGCGCUACCCAUUAUGUGCUAAAAGUGUUAAAAAUUCAGGCGGACUAGGAUUGCUCGUAGUACUGAAGUGAUUCAGUUACGCUUCAGGCUUGUGAUAGAAUUUAUCGAUUCCCCUCAUUGAGAUUAUUGUCCACUCAACGAUAUUUUUCUCAGUAAAGCGAAACAGAUCGAUAAGCGUGUGUCCGGCGUACUCAUAUGCAUUUCUGUUUCAUUGAGAGCCGAAUAGUAAAAUAUCUAAUUUCAUUCAUCAUGUGAUGAUAAAUAAUCAUAAAAUAGCGGAGUCAUCCCGCGCGGUAGCGAAUAAGCACGAGUUUAUCCUUGGAAUUAUCUCAAUCAUCGGCAUUGUGGUUUACGAAGAAUCCGAUCUCCUCACGUUUCGGUUUGCCCUCGCUACAGCUCUAACAACCUUUAGUGGAUUUUCAGCCUCGUUAUUGCAUUGACCUUCUUUUCAAGCUUACUUUUUAACCCUGUAAAAAUUACUUUUACUCCUAUUUAUAAAAUUGAGGUCAUUGUUGUAUUUUACGAGACCUGACCGGAAACCUCAGUUGUGAGUAGCUGACUAAGAGACUCAAUUGAGGCAAAAUUAUGAUACAAGUUAGCUGUGAGUCACCCUGAUCAGCAACGUGAGCAAAUUAUUGCACUGGGGUAAAAGACAAAAACACAAAACGUGAAACAUUCCUACCUUUUGCGGUCGGCACUUCAUCGACACUGGUUGCCUCCCACGUCCUUUUUGAUGUUUUCGUUUGCAGUAGUAACAUUGUUAACGUUAGGCCAUCUUACUCUGUAUCCGACACGAGUAAACAGUACAAGAGUUCCGCAGCUACCAUUUUCAUUGUCUAGCAACUUUUGUAGCCUAUUUAGGUCACUGAAUUACCUUGCCAAUGAUUUUCGCGCCCUUUUGGCAGCAAAGACCUCUCACAACGAGGCAGAGACCUUUCUCUCAUUUUUGCCUCGUCGUGAGAGACCUCUGCUAGCAGGGAAUGGUAACGGAAACAACGUUUAAAGCGUUAGAGGUUCUAUCGUUGUGUGGCUGGGAGAUGGUUUUUUAAGCUCUUUCAGUAAAGAUAACAAUGCUAAUUUUUUGGUGAAAAAGGAAGUGCAAUGAAGCUUUCCGGGGUGUUUAUUCUCGAACAAACUUUAAGUCAAAUCUCAUACUUGUAGCCGUUCUCGUCCUAGAAUCUAAAGGUCUCUAUCACUGGCAAAUUGAUGAAGGACGAUUUCUUUCUUCCCUGACGUUUCUCAAGCUCUUAGUAAUAUCAGUAUAAAGGUUAAGUUUUGCACUGCAUGGUCAGCUUCAUGUCAAACCCAGGUCAGAGAAUUUUUUUGUUCGUGUUGAGACAAAAGUGAAGACUUCCGGUCAUGUCAACAAGGUGAAUUGACCCUUGAUGACUGUUGAUCAAAUUUCAGAACAUUGUGGCCUUGAACUGGAAACUUCGGUUAUUGUUUUUUUUUUUUUUUACAAUUUUAUCUACUAUAUCGUGUACAUGUAUCUCCGGGCGUCAUUUGAGUCCCAUUUAUCAUAUGAAACAUUUUUCGUCUUUUCUUCUUCACAAUUGCUUUUCCAAUAAGUGAAAGAGACUAAAAUAAUAGGCAUGUUUUUUCUAUCCGUGAAACAUCUCCAUCUGCGACGAGAGAAAAGUAAGGGAGUCAAGGGAAGGAAUUUUAUCGCAAACUGACGUAGUUCUAGCUCAUUCUUUUGUGGCUCCCCAGUCUCGCGUGCACACCAUGGUCCAAGCGCUAUAAUAUAAAAAUUCCAGUAUUAAACCGAGGGUGCUCCUUGGUGCCGACACUAUUACGAUAAACAGGAGCCAUUAUGGUUCUUGCGAUAAAGUAAUAGUCUUUGGAGGAGAAUUAAAAAUGUGGCCCUCAUAGGAAAAGGGGGCUUACGUAAUUUUGAAUAAAAACCUUAAAUGCCGCGUUUAAAACGCAAAUAAACGGGUGUCAAACAGUUUCAAACCCGUUUCAAACAUUUUGAAACGCCUUUGACUUUACAGCGUUUUAAACGGGGAAAACGCGUUUGUGGCGUUUGAAAUGCUUGGUUAACAUGCAUAUAAGACAUAUAAUUACUAAAUUCGAGGAAGGGAACAUUUUAGUUACUCCACAGGUUCCCGUUUUAUGAAUUCCUUCAGAGUGUUUGUAGAAUGCGUGUAAUAUCAAACAGGUACCAGAAACUGCUUUGAUGAGUCCAAGUGCAUUUACUUAGUAUUGCUUUAUUUUAUACUGUGAACAUCAGUGAAAAUCUAGAUAGAGCUAAUGUACAGUGCAAAACUUAAUGUGUUCGGAAAAUGAUUACCUGCUUAACAUGCUCUCUUACCGGAGUGGUGCUUUCAACAAAGACACGACAAUUCAAAGUUUUCUUUCAUGUUUUUGAACGACACAGAUAUGGCAUGAAUGCUUCUCUAAGCCUUAAAACCAACACACGGAUCAUUUUUGGCUGCUCUGUGAUAUUUUUCUUGCCGUUGCUUUUCCGUCUGGUUUCUAUUAAAUAGGUACUGCCUCUGCAGUAUUGUCGUGGAUUUGUAUUUCGUACUUUUAUCAGUAAACAGAGUAAAUAGUCACGCGUUUAACCUUUGCUACAUUUGUUAUGUAACUUGCGGUUAACAUUCCAUGUCCAUAUAUGGGCAUAAAGAAAUGCUGAAAUACUGUUAUCUGAGGGGCACACAACGACUGUUUUCUGUAAAUCAUUAGUUUGAAGAAGCAAAUAUUACCUAAAAGUUUCGAUAAGUCAAGAAAGGCUAAAAAUUUCUAGAUGACUGUUUCAUCUUUCUAGUAUGUUAUUGGCGUUUUUCUAUUUACGUUUUUAACAGGUUUUGUGUUACAACGGUGACCAUUUCUGCCCGAUAAAAAUUGCAGAGAGGAAAUGGAAAAUCCACAUAAAGUUGACAUCUCUAGUGAAAAUGUUAAAAACAAUGAAAGAAUAAACUUAACAGUUGCGAAUCGCGUGUCAAUAUGGAUCAUUUAUUCGAUUCAACCCUCACAGAAACAUAAUGCUUUCUUUGAGCGCUUUUGGAACAAAAAGGUGAGAUAAGUACAGUAUACAGUGGCAAAGGUAUUCUAGUUUGUGCUUAUUACGUGUUUAAGUCUGCAUCAACAAAUACAUUAAAGAAAUGCCGUGACUAUUUUGGGAAAUGUGCUUACAUCAUUAGCGCGAUGUAUCUCGAUUUGAAAUCAAACAAAAGGAAUGUCCUGCUUUGCUGCAGAAAUGUAUCCUUUCUUUAUUAAAAUAAAGAAAGGAUAUUUCUGCCUCAAAUUCAUUAUCUCACGAUUUCAAAAGCUACUAGUGUACAUGCAUGCAUGAAUUUGGAACGCGGAAUUAUCCAGCACCCCGGAAUAAAAGAGGUUCUGAUUCGUUUAUGUGCGGAAUAUUCCGCUACUUAUAAUUUUAAAAUAGCGAUGAUGUAUAAUGAAUGAAAUUUAAGCUGUUCAAAUUAAUGCACUCGAACCCCUCAUGUUUGCUAAAAGAGUCAAAGAUAAGAUGGGAAAAAAAGAUCUAUGCAACGCAGGCUUUCUUUUCCCAACAGCAUAAAUUGCGUAUUUCACUGUCUUGAUCUCCUGUGCUUUUAUUUCUUCAUCCUGCAAUUUUAAUAUAUUUAUAACAUUCAAAUAUUCAUCACCUCAUUAACGAAGUUCCAUUGAAACUUGAGAAAAGACUGUCGUUCAACGGAUACACGAUGGUGGCCGGAUUAAGGGUUUUUUUUUUGCACUAACUGUUGAAAUAAUAGCGAGUCAAUUUUUGAUUUUUUUGCGUCCAAAAAUUCUCUCACAUCUUCUGGCUUCGUAUCCUUGCGCCUGUGAGAGCAUUAGUCGGCCGACAAACCACAAAACCCCUCUCACAUAAACAAACUGACGGAUUUUGUGUUAAGUUUAUGGGAACGGUAACAGUAUAUCUCUAUCUUUGACCUUUUAACCUGAUAGCAGACGUCUUAUCUUUUAUCUAUUUUGAGAUCGGAAAUGGUGUGAAGUUACCGGUAUGAUAAGAAACUCACUGAUUGGCUCAUACGCGAGAUAUCCCAACAUUCCAAAAUAUCACAUAUCUUUGUCCCCAUUUGAUUGGUUUAGAUGUGGGAUGAUCUCACACACUUAAUAGCACUUACAAUAGAUCGUUCUGAUUGGAUUAUCAGUGAAAUAUCCCGAGGAAAAAGGCCUCACUCUCCAGUUCCAUUUUUAAAUGGAAGUUUCCAUUUUUAAAUGGAGAACUGUUCAUUGUAUUGCUUAUUUUUUACUUAUAAUUGGGAUUUUUCAAAAAUUAUUUUUAGUAGUAUAGUAGGGACCGGUUACCCCGUUCUUUCCAGGGAAUCUCAUAAACGUGCGAGAGAAUACACCGAUGAUGUCAUAGCCUCUGUAUCGCAUGAAAGGGAUAAGGUCACGUGCUAUGUUCUGGAGGUCCGACCGGUUUGACAGGCUUUAUUAAGAUGAUGUCAGUUUAUUGUAAAUUAAAUGCGUCAUGCCCUUGUUUGGUCAUGAAGACAAAUGCGGCUUAAAAUCACUGGGUGUCUAUUUAUUCAGUACAUGUUUUUCUUCAAUUCCCAGUUGUAGUCGGUGGUUUGAAUUCUGCCAACAGUCAAUCAGUAUCUUCCUCUUACUUUCAAUCUUUAUAGCUAGGUGAUUUCCCAAGUUUUUUUUCCCUCACGCGUUACUCUGCACUCUUGCCCUGUUUUUAACAGCCUAGUUUUCGUAUGAGGUGCCGGCGCCUUUUGCAUAUUUUGAUUAACGAAAAUCUAAUCUAGAUUUGUCAUUUUUCGAUGAUAGGUAGUAGAGGUAGUAGUUAAAAGAAUGGUAAGCUGAGAAAGAGGACAUUCCAUUACCACGUGUGGCCAUAGCGCAGACUGCGCUUCCAUUGCCACUAGAUAAAGUUUUUUACGUAUCUUGCACACAUUUUGAAUGCUGUGACACGUUAAUCAUGGAUUUUGAUUGGUUCUUCAUACCCAUCAAAGUUUUGAAAAAUUGAAACAUGUCAAAAACGCUGUAGUGUGGCAUCUUAGCGUGAUGUACACUGUACAAUGGAUACUCAACAAUGUCAUUAUUCUAUUUUUUUUUUCUUUCCACGCAGUUCUGUAUUUGGGAUUUGAAAAGUGGGAAGACCAGAUUGUACUAGAUGAAUCAGACAAAGGAAACAAUGCCUUUCUAAGCAAUGGUGCGUUUAUCGCUCCACACAGAGGAGCUUGCGGUCAUUUUGCUAGUCUCGGGAAGAGAGGAGAUAUAAUAUUGGAAGAUACAACAUUCAGAGGGAAGCCCCGAACAGCCAUAACAGUAGCAUCCUGGGUUAACCUUCCGGGGACUACUCGUGGAUCGCACUCUGUGUUCAGUACCGCUCGAGUGAUGAGAAUUGGGCAGGUUAUGGGUAAGCAUACUAACGUACUUACUUACGGCUGAUCUCCCGAUCGAGCCUUCAUGACAAAAUCUUUCCACACGCAUUCUAUGCAGCAUUGCUAACCGAAUUUACCCUGCUAAUAGAGUCGCUUCGACCUUUCCUAGAUAAGUCGGGAAAGAGGAAGACGACCUCUUUCCCGACUUAACUAGAAAAGAUCGAAGAUAUUCUGUUAGCAGGGUAGACUGAAUUUCACUGAUUUUCAAAACCGGUGUCCCUUUUAAUGUUGUCGAUUGAGUGAACUGGCUUUCUUCCCUUGCUAACUCUUCUCUUGAACAAGUUUCGAAGCAAUUUCGCUAGAUUGCCCUAUAAAAUGCAAUGUUGUCAGUACGUUUUGGUAAGCAACCAUAUAGUUUUUCAUUGGUCUUUUGUUGCUUCCAAGACACAAUUAGCGCCCUUCGCAGCAUUCGCUUGUAACUACCAUUCAGGCUCUUCUCCAAUUGUUUUGUUAACAUUCAAGUGUUUGAAUUGUAAAAUAGGACUGACUCCACCGUACAAAGGAAAGGUCGAAUCUUGAUCUCUUUUUCAGCGAUGAUGACUAAAUGGCUCUAAGCUUGUGACAGGCAGGCCAUGCAAGAGCUUCCCUAUGAUGUAUAUCCUUUACACUGCUUUCCAGUCUGCCUCCCAAGAACUUGGAGUUCUUUACUUUCAUGAUUGCGCACUACUAAUGGAUGUUUUGUCAUUUGCUUGAUCGCGAUUGAACAUUAGUUCAGUUUUCAUCGCAUUCACAUGCAGACCCACUUUAGAUGCCCCAGUUUCGACUAGCCUGAAGAGUUCCUUUGUUAACAAUACAAAACUUCAGCGAAAUCGAGAAUGUGGAUAGAUACUACGCGCUGACUUUUCAUGGGAUUAAAAGCACAAAACCAAGGUCUUCUCUGCCGUCAACAGCCUUUCCCAUCAGCUAAUCGAUAACAAUAGCCAAAAAUUUAAUAGUGAGCAAGAGUAUCUCCUUGGAGAACUGCUCAGUGCAAAUAUGUCGAAGUACUCUAUCUCGCCAUUAGGUGAGAGCAUUUUCGCUCGUGUGCCUUCAUAGAGCUUGCUUAUUGCUUCGACAAGUUGAUUGCGGAUGCCAAACGCUUUCAAUACUUUCCUAAUUCAGCAUCAUACCACGACCGACGCUAUCGAAAGCCUUUCUGAACACUAUUGUGGCUUUAAUGUGAUUUCCCUUCACACCUUCUAAGAUGCGACAUAGCGCUAAGAUGUAAGAGGUAGUUCUUCCAGGGCAAAUGCCAGUCUGAUUGCGACGUAGGUGAGGAUCAAGUUUCGGCUGAGGAGUAAUUUGUUGACAACUUUAGAAACUACCGCAGAAAGACAAAUUCCUCGGCGAUAGUUUGUGGUUUCGCGUAGGUCUCCAGACUUAAGAGUAGGGCUUAUGUUAAUAUCUGACCACUGUUGAGGUUUUUCUACGUCCAACGGUAGCCUUUUGGUGAAAGACUGCAUAACUUCAUCAGGGUCGCAUUAAGUUAAAAACUUCAGGUAGUAUUCCAUCAGCACUCUCUGAUUUUCCUUCUUUCAGUUUAGUUUUCACUUCUUGUUAUUUUUCCAUGGUAAAUACUCCUGUUGUGAUGUCCAAAUCAGUGAAGACUGUAGUAAUUCCUUCAUCACCAUUACUCUCAGGGAUGUCUGGCUCUUUACCAAGAAGCUUUGACUCGUCAUAUACCACUCACUUGUAAAGAAACGUUCUUCUUUCAGGGCUUCCGUCUCACUGGUGAGUGCUUUUCGCUAGAGACUAUCCAAACCCCAUAAGCCGUUCACGAGUAGUUCGGCCUACUGGGAAAACCGGAGCGGUAUGGAUACACUGGCGUUGUCCUCCUAAGUGGUACGCCGACCCACCAUUCUGCCAUCAGAGUUCAUCAUUAUAUAAGGCUGGCCACAUAUGCUCCGACCUCCGGCGCUGGUGACACAGCAGGGGAGACCAAGAUCCUGCAACAACAACAGCAAAAACCACAUUCCAACCCUUCCACCUGGGAGGGGUGAAGACAAAAUUUCGCUUGUACGGGUCGGUACGUUGUGUGUCUAGAUCAAACGGGAAAAUCUGUGGCUGCUGUUGCUGUGGCCGUGGCAAAGCCAUAGACCCUGUUCCCUAAGUCCAUAGAACACAUGGGUACUGCCAACAAUAAAGAAAAUAACUACAACCAUAUCCUGACGUCAGAUUUCCAUGCGAUCAUAUGAAAAAUCGAUUUUCUCUUCUCUCUCGGGAAUACGAGGGUCACGUUGCGAUAGUUUUUGGACAGUCGCACAUCGCAAACGAGUCUCAAGGUCUCUAGAUGCAAACGAACCAUGUCGAGGGUGAUGGCCAUGAGUAACACAAACAUGUCUUCUGAAGCAUAACCUAAUGUCGAGGCGAGGGCCAGAUGCACGGCAACAGACGUGCCGCUCCGUCUCGGUAGCACUUUGACAGACAUCUUGCGGCCUAGAGUCCUUAAGAUAAGAUUCAUCCUCUUGGCGACUCCAGGGUCAGAAGUUUGGCACUGUACGUCGUCAUCUCAGGCAUGGCUAGAUGCAAUAGUUGUAAGAAUUCGUGGAUUUAACCGUUGGUUUCACUGUCGAUGGGUCGCUUAAACAUACCCAAUAGAUAACUCUGGGGGUAUUGCCGCUUGAACGGUUCCAACGCCAACUUAACGCACCUAACAAUGUCCACAGAACCGAAAUGGGAUCGUGAAGAAGGUUUAUGUGCCUCAUCCCUUGCCUUUUCGAUUGAUAAUUCCCUUUUUAUUCGUUUUACGCCCGCUAAUCCUGUUAAAAAGUCUCCAACUUUCUGCAUCUGGUACUCUUGCAUAUGCUUGCGCAACUUCUGUUUUCAUGCUCACCAGUUCCUCUUCGAGUACUUGAUCAUAGCAGCUUUAAGCAGCUCCUUGGUUCACUGCAGGGCUGUGUAAUUGUCAGUAGAUGGGUCAACCUGGCCUGGCUGCAAUUACGGGAGGAUCUUUUACCUUUAAAGUAUUACUGUUAACUUUUAAAGCUCUCAAUAAUCUGGCGCCUCCGUAUUUAAGUCAACUUAUAGUCCCAUAUAACCCUACAAGAAAUCUUAGGUCAGCUAGCAAACAUUUAUUAGAAGUACCGAAUGUGCGCCUGAAGAGCUAUGGGGACAGGGCCUUUUCGGUCGCUGCCCCAAAGCACUGGAAUGAUAUUCCCUUAGACAUUAAAUUAAGUGGAUCAGUUGAUGUUUUUAAAUCUAGAUUGAAAACUUACCUUUUUAGACUCGCUUUCAAUUGACUUUUUGUCUUAGUGCCAUUGGUAGUUAGUUAUUUUCUUUUUUUGAUUGUAAAGCGAUAUAGAGCUUUUUUAUAUACCGCUAUACAAAUAAAGUUAUUAUUAUUAUUAUUAUUAUUAUUAUUACUUUCUUUUUGAAGGGUUCUUAAUGGGUAAAAGAUUGCUUGCAGCGUCCUCGUAAGUUGUUACUAGCAUCUUUGUCGCCGUCUUCAAGGCAGUGGCAGUGCUGCUUGAUAAUUUUGAACUUGAGUGCUGAAGAGCUCUUGAUCGUAUGAACAUAAUUAAUCAAUAUACUAUAGGCGCUUAACUAUGGCGUGAUUAUCAUUUCGUUUUUGAUAAAACCCCAUAGGAGGAUAUCACUUUGAAAUAGAUGACGGCAAGGUCCGUUGGUUUCACCGAAAUCGCUUCCAGACUCCAGUGUUUAGUGUGCUGACAGAUGACAUAAUUAAGCCGGAUGUGUGGACUCACCUGAUUGGCUCCUACAACGGUACAACACAGCAGGCUAAGGUGCGUGGGGGUAAGCUAGCGCAAGCAAUAGGGCUCGUUUUUAGCAAAUCAUAACAAAAGUAGCCUGAUUUAGACGUAGCCUAGGCAUCGUUUAUUUAGCGAGGAGGGGAGGAAGAAAAUAAGGACCUUAAGGAACGAGAACGUUGGCAACCGGAAGUUGAUAGUUUCUCUCUUUCAAUGCCCUAACCCGACAAAUUCGUACAGCGGGAGCUAAAAGAUUCGUUGUGCGAGCCAGAAGCGACCAUUAAGCCAGACAUCGAAGUUCCGCUUGCUAUUCGUGACGUGUCGGAGGUCAGCGUUUUUGCUGCUUAAGCCGUAUCGUAUUGGCAAAAGAAGGUAUAAUAAGCAAUAAAAUGUGCUGGAUCAGAUAUAAACGCCAUAAAACACUUUCCCUCCUCUUGUUUCUAACUACCUCGUCUCCAGGGUUCUCUCUUACCUGCCCUCUCCCUCAAGCCGGGGUACGAUUAGGAGAGAACUUUGAGAACGAAGUUGGUUUCAAUGUGGAGGAAACAAUCAGGUGGCAUAACGAAUGUAUGUAUGCAAUACGGGGGAUUCCAUCCAAACAUAAAUGGCUAGAACACAAGCCAAAUGCAAAGUAACGUCAAUUCGUUGCAUAAAGGACCAGUUGAGAAGACAGCGAUCAUUUUGAUUAAUGAAAAAUCUUUCUUAAGUUACAGUAUAGAAAUCUUGCAAGUCCUCUAAACACCUUUGAAAUAUUUGAUUUUACAGGUGUAUGUAAAUAACGCCCUACAGAGUGUCUCCAGGGGAUUCGGACCACUUGAUGACUUCUGGGGCUAUAAGGCUUGUGUGGGAAGCUUUGACUUGGGCGGACGGUAUCUUGGAGGUUUUGUCGACGACUUUUACAUAUUUAAUUACGAAGUUCAACCGAAUCAAAUCAACGACCUUUUACGAAUCAGAUGUCCCAAGAAGACAUGA